AUGAAAGUUGCUGACAAUAAUACGUUGCAUGAGAGAUCGUCAAAAGGAUUCAAUCGAACUCCUAGCGGGUUGAUAUACACAAAUAACAUUAAAAAUGUUUACUCAAUUUUUUUAAUUAGCCUGCAAUUGAAAAGUAAAGAAUCACGUUCAGGCACAUUUUUAAAUUCUUUCUCUAAGCAGUCAUGUUAUUUCUCGUUUUCAGUAGCUGAUGCUAUAAAAACAAUGAAAAAUAUGGAAUUAAAAGUUGAAAUGAACAAAACAUCGAUCAGCAUUUCAUAUGCAAUUAAAAAUGAGUUAGCACACCAUCUAUUGAAAAUAUUCAUGGAAGCGAAAUUACUGCAUGCUCCAGUUGAUAGAACACGAAAUGAACCAAAGGAGAAGACCCCGUUGCAACCAACUCCAAAGGGUGUUGCAAUUUUGUAUCAGUACACGAGGAGCAUUGGUUUGAAAGAAAUUCCACCCAUUAUAUUCUCCGAGUUGAAUUCUAAUCAAUUAUUUUGUUUUGAAAGAAAUUCUGUGACCGAUUCAAUCAUUCGUAGUGACUAUCUAAUAUAUCUUUUGUUCAUGAGAAUAAUGGGAUCUCGCCCAAAUAUUUGGUCUCCAUCAAAACCUAGUGAUAGAUUACCAUCUCUUUUUAAGUUAUUAGAAUACAGCACUGAUUCAUUCAGUUUUGAAUCAAUUGAUUACGAUCCUAUUUCAGGGUUUCAAUCAACUCAAAAUAGCCAAACGAGCAUAAUUAAUCAAAGCAUCCAACUUCAGGAUAUUGACCUGACUAAUGAAGAUAGAGAAUCUCCAUUAGCACAUAGAUUUUUUACAAAUCCUGACUCCGAUUCUCAUAUUCAAUAUUAUGUGUCUGAUGUUGGUGUGCGAUUAUUUAAGGAUAAGGUAUUUGAUAAAGAUAUCGAGCCUAUUGAUUAUACAUUCACAACUAAAGCUUUGUGGCAAUGGUUAAUGGAUUGUACAGAUAUACUUUACCCAAAGGAGGCAUCUUAUAUCGUAGUACUUUUUGCCAAAAAAGGUUUGAUUGAACCAAUUAUUAAACCAGAUCAGAAAUUAUCUUCAAAAAAAGUCAUGAUAAACAAAACAACCUAUUUUAAACUAACUCCAUUGGGUUGGAGUGUAGUUAAAUGGAAUCUAUCAAACACUAAAACUAGAAGUCACUCCAUUCCAUACUCAGACAAUAACAAUGUGAACUUUAGUAAAAAUAUGGAGUCCGGUUCUUAUAGUUUCAACACUGAUACAGAAUCCUUGAGCCAUAGUAUCAGUUCUUCUAUUAAAACCCAUGGCUCAUCGGAACUUAAGAAUAUCGAGUUUAACGAUAUUAUUGCUGAUCCAGGGAUGCGCUUUCUUUUUAGGCAGUUCUUACAAGAAGAUAUAUGUGUUGAAAAUUUAGAUGCUUAUUUAGAAAUUCUUAAAUUCUUAAAGAAGAUGAGAAAUUUAAAUAAAAUGCUAAAAUCUAAAGCUUCAACUAGUGCAAAUAGAAAAUUAUCUAACAUUCAGAAUAAUAUUACGGAUGCAAUGGAUACUGCUUUGUCCAAACACGCAAGUGAGUGUCUAGAGAUGUCUUAUCAGAUAUAUUCAACUUUUAUUAUUGAAUGUGCACCAUAUCAAUUGAAUAUCGACCACAAUCUGCGAGAGUCCAUUAGUAAGGUAAUCUUGCAUACAGAUAAUACUGAUGAAUUAACUACCAAAACUACUAAUGGUACCACGAACGAUAAUUCUGAUUUACAGAUAAAAAAUUUUCAAAUUAAUUUACCUGAGGAGAAAUUAACAUCGUCCCCUGAUAUACUAACUAAUUCCUCUAAAACUAAUAUUGAAGAGAACAUUUCGAAUAUAGAAAGUGAUAAUAGUGACGGACAGUCAUACAACGAUACAUUGUCACCGGCUGUUAAUCUACUUCUAAUUAUUUUGCCAUUAUUUAUAAAGUUAAAAGAUAACUUACGUCUUCUUAUGAAAAAUGAUUCAUUACCUAAAUUUAAGAACUCUAAAUUGUUUUCUGAAUUUCUUCAGACUUCUAACAUUCGUGAAAGAUGUCUAUCUACUUAA